UUCUUACGCAAGUUUUGAUCACGUGACGUUGGAAGUUAUAAGUUGCAUGAUUUGGCUGACAAGUUGUUUGUGUCACUCCAUGUUUGACAUGGCUGAUGGUGCCAAGUUCCUCCUAUUGUUUCUCCUCCUGAACAUCUCAACAUUGUGUUUUUGUACUGAACAAGAUAUCCAGUGCCUGAAGACUGUGCAACAGUCGGUGAUUGAUCCCAACAGUGUACUCAAAUCCUCUUGGAACUUUGAAAAUGAAAUCGACGGUUUCAUAUGCUGCUUUACUGCUGUGGAAUGCUGGUUCGCCGAUGAGAACAUGGUUCUCUCUCUGCAUCUCGGCAACCUCGGACUUCAAGGUGCAUUUCCUCAAGGUCUUCAAGAUUGUGCAAGCAUGACCGGCAUGGGCCUGUCGAAUAACAGCUUUUCAGGACCAAACCCACCCGACUUCUCACGGCAGGUGCCGUAUCUGACAUCUUUGGAUCUUUCAUACAAUAGCUUUUCGCGAUCAAUCCCACAGAAUAUCUCAAAUAUGACAUAUCUGAAUCUCCUCAACCUCCAACAUAACCAACUCAACGGUCAAAUUCCACCACAAUUCGAUUUGCUUACUCGGUUAUCGACGUUCAAUGUUGCGGAGAACUGUUUAUCCGGGCCUAUUCCUCCUUCGCUACUAAUUUUUCCAGCUUCGAACUUUGAUGGUAACCAAGGGCUUUGCGGUGCACCGUCGGAUGAUUGUCCCCGCUCCAGGAGGAGAUGGAGACCGGUACGAAUCAAGCUGCAUAGGCUCAACGACGAGUCGAGCAUGGGAGCGGCCGUCGGAUUCGUUGUGGGGUUUGUGGUGGCCUUCUACUUCUCGCACUGCUUUGUCUGCUCCGAGAGGCUCCGUGCCUAUGUCGUCCGCAUAUGA